AUGAGAAACCCAAAGGACAAAAUCCCUGAAAAGGACAUCUUGAAAAAGCGAAUCACAACCACAACAACCACCCCCAGCUCGGUUAAGAAAUCAGCAAGUGGUACGUCACUGUUGCCCAAACCAACUGCACGUAACACAGCAACCGACAAGCUGCAACGCACGGUCGAGGAAGCAAACAACAAUGCAGAUCAACCAAUGCAGGAAGAUCAGCAUAGCACUCCUUCAGUCAAUGAUGAUCCAGCACCAUCUGCGGCAGCACUCGACAAUACUGGUGCACCUUUGGUCAGCCAAAUGUCUUUCUCCCCUUCUGCCAACACGCCAGAGUGGGUGUUUCAUUUCCAGAGGGAAUUCAGAGCUCACGAGCAACGCAUUGCCUCCUUGGAGUACGCUAUGGCCGAAAUAGACAGACUCAAGUCUGAACUGGAUGCCACGAAAACUGAAUUAGCUUCAGCAAAUGCUCAGGUUGCCUCUCUCCAAAAGUAA